CCCAAAAAUAACCGGCAAAAAUUUAAGAAAAAUUUUUUUACUCAACAUAAAUAAAAUUAAAAAAAUAUGUCAUUUCAAAAAUACGUGAUUAUAACGAUUCUAUUUUUAUAUUUAAUAACUUCUGUAACUUCAGUACAAACACUUGUUCACCAUCUCCAACCUGGAAGUAAAUUAAACUUUACUCCAUUUUCAAAUAAAUUGGAAGUAUUUUGCUAUGCGGGAAAACCUAAAUAUGUGGUUAAUUUAUGGCAAACAAUUUCUCUUAAAAUUAACACAGAUUCACAAACGAACGAUUAUGAAAUCUAUGAAGGAUCUACACGUGAAGAAGUUCUCAGUGAAUAUGAAGAAAAACAUUCGAAAUGGUCGUUUAACAUGUUUUCAUCAAAACCCAAAGCUGUGAAAAUUGACCCAUUUUUACCAAGUUGUGUUGGAAUCGAAACUGCAACUCCAUAUCAUGUUGAAUUACAUAUGAUACGUGUUGAUUAUUGGAAAGUUUUAAUGCUUAUAGCUGGUGUGUUGUUAUUUUUAUCCGCUGGAAAAUUGAGUGAAAAUUCAUUAUUUUAUUACAUAUGUGGUGUGUCUUUUGGAAUAUGUGCCUCAUUUUUAAUCCUCAUUUAUUUUGUCAGUAAACUUUUCCCAAAAAAACCAAUGAUGUACGGUUUUGUGAUUGGCGGUUGGACUAUUGGUGUAUAUUUAUUGCAAUUAAUUUUAGAAAAUGUACGAACAAUAUUCGUGACCUAUCAAACAUAUUUAAUGUAUUAUGUGCUUGCAACUGGAUUCAUUAGUUUUGUGAUUUGUUAUCGUUUGGGUCCACCAACCAAUCCAAGAAGUAAGAAUUUAAUACGAUGGAGUUUAAUGGGAGCUGCUUUACUUACCAUUUUCCAUAGUAGUCAUUUUCAUGAGGCUACAAUGGGUUUUAUUGUGAUAUUAGUUAUUUCAUAUAAUAUUCCAUUUAAUACAUUUCAAGUUCACCUGAUAUUAUUUUUCUUUUCCAAAUAUUGUUUUUACAGGAAAAGAAAAUUCCCACCAAAAUCAAAAUUAUUAUCGAAUGAGGAAUAUUAUGAACAAGGUGCUAAAGAGACAGUUAAAGCUUUGGAUGAAUUAAGAGAAUUUUGUUCAAGUCCACAAUGUAAUCAAUGGAAAACAGUUUUAAAAUUAAAAGAUGCUAAACGAUUUGCUUCUUUCAUCGAAGGCGAGCAUCAUUUAAGUGAUGAUGAAAUUCUAGAAUAUGAAAAUGAUCAAAGUGUACGACGCUCAGACUGUGAAUACGAUGGCGAAUUAACAGAUGAUUCAACGAGUUCAAUCGAGUUAUGAAAAAUGCAUCUUUAACUAUAAAAAUGAAACAUGAAA